CGAGAUUGCAUCGGUACGCUCGGCACGUCGCGUCGUCGCGUCGCGGUCUCGGGAUUCGAUUUUUGGCCGAGCUUCAAGUUUUAUUUUGAAUAGUUCAUGUUAAUUCCUCGGAGUGACUGAAAAUUUUCGGCUCGAAACACGUCUCUUUCGUUGCGAAGACGCCCGGGUUUUCGACCUUUGCAUGCGUUCUGCUUCCCCUCCCUCCACGUUCAAGUGUCUCUUCGCAAAUGUAUCGGCCUCCUCUCCACCAUUAACGCGAUCGCGAGGUUCUGUGUUUCAAAUUCAAGGAUUUUGGUUACCCGUGUGAAAAAAUACACUGUUCAUUAAUCGAACGAAUGAAUUGAUUGGUGUGAAAUAUUUGUUUUCCUCAACCAGAAAAAUCCAUGAUGGUCGUGCCUGAGUCUGGUGUCAACAACAUAAUGGGGGGGCUGGAAAGUGCAGAAGGAGUUCGCCUUCACAAUCAUCGCAGAAAAUUGAGGCAAAGGUUUGAUAUUGUAAGGAAACUAGGUCAAGGGACGUACGGCAAGGUCCAACUAGGAAUAAACAAAGAAACAGGACAAGAGGUAGCAAUCAAGAUUAUUAAAAAAUGUAAAAUCAAAACGGAAGCUGAUCUAAUUAGGAUACGACGUGAAAUUCAGAUUAUGUCCUCAGUGCGACAUCCCAAUAUCAUCCACAUUUAUGAAGUAUUUGAGAACCAAGACAAAAUGGUCUUAGUUAUGGAGUAUGCAGCAGGAGGUGAAUUGUAUGAGUAUUUAAAUGAGAGGAAUGUACUGACAGAAGAGGAGGCUAGACGUAUCUUCAGGCAAAUUUCUACAGCUAUCUAUUAUUGCCACAAGCACAAAAUUUGUCACCGUGAUCUCAAAUUGGAAAACAUAUUAUUGGAUGAACAUGGGAGUGCGAAGAUUGCUGAUUUUGGGCUCUCAAAUGUAUUUUCCGAAUCUCGUCUGUUAACAACAUUCUGUGGUAGCCCUCUGUACGCUUCGCCUGAAAUUGUCAAAGGCAUCCCAUAUCAUGGGCCCAAGGUAGAUUGUUGGUCACUGGGUGUUUUGUUGUACAUUUUAGUCUACAAAGCUAUGCCAUUUGACGGUUCUAAUUUUAAAAGGCUCGUUAGACAGAUUUCCCAAGGAGAUUAUUUUGAGCCAAAAAACCCAUCACCUGCCUCUCCGCUAAUCAGGAGUAUGUUGAAUGUAAAUCCAGACCAUCGAGCUGAUAUAUUAUCAAUAUGUUCUCAUUGGUGGGUGGAUCAAACUUACUCUGAAUCAUGUUUAGACAUUGCUGAAGAUCUUGCGAAUCAAACUCCAGUGCGUUUGGAUCUUCUCUUGUCCUUAGUCCCAUCCGUUAGCAGUGAAAAACUUGUCAUCGGAGAUAUUCAGGUAGAUCCGCAGUCUUCUGAGAAACCUGUGAGAUCUCAGAGCCUGGACAGUAUUGCUCCUUCAAGAGGUCAUCCAUCAAUAGCUCCAAUCAGUGUAGCACCCAGAGAACCAUCUGUCACUCCUGUUGAAGAUAAAAAUGCAUCCGGUGUCGAAAAAGUGAAAGUAAAAAUGAAAUCUAAAAGAGAAAGGUCUAGUAGUAGGUCGAGAAAGAAGGAAAGUUCAACAUCCGUGGACUCUGAUGGCAGUGGAUUAAAGCAAAAAAAAAAAAUUGUAAAGAAAGAAGAGAAAAUGAUACACAGAGAAGAGGCACUACAACCUGAAAUCCUGGAAAAUGAUGCUGAAAAUAUUGAAAAACUGAGAAAAAAUAUUACAAUGAUUAACAACUCUUUGAUGGACACUGAAGCUUGUAAAGUUUUUAAAGACCCAGAAAAGUACUCUUUGGAUGUAAAAGAAGUUCCUGCUUCAACUGAGAGAAGGACAGAACACAAAGAGCCCACGCAAGAACCACUGUUGGAAAGAGGUGAUAGUGAUCAUAAUGUUGAAAAACCUAAGUUAAAUGAAAGAAGAUGCUCCAAAGUAUCUGAAGCAGCGGAAAAAUUCGCUUCUCUUAAAAACACAACGGUCAACAAACCUGAGAAGAAAAUAUUUCUUCCAGGGGUUAAAGUGGGUGAUGCUAAACGUGAAUAUGAGAGGAAAUCCUCCCUGGUUGAGUCUUCAAGUAAUCUUGCAUGGGCAUCACCCUCACGAAAAAGCUUCUCUGGAAAAUCAAAGAGUCCCUCCCCCGCUGCUUCUGUAGAGAUGAAGUACUCUCUUGCUUCGACCAUUAAUCUUAACAAAUUGGCUGAAAGUGCUCUUAAGAAAUCAUCAGAAGAUGUGACUCCCUGUAGUUCUGCUGAUGUUUCACGAACGUCUUCCAUUUCUGCUACAAAUGAGGUGCUUGCUUCUGGUGUUAAGAAAUCGCCAGAUGAAGUAAAGGAAAAGAAUCCAAAAACUCCUUCCAAUAAGUCGCAUGAUAAUGCAGUUAUUACAAAACCAACCGAGAAAAUUACCAAAAGAAGCUCUGAGUCUUCUCUGUUGAAAUCGUCUAGUGCAACCACAGCUUCUCCUACAGACCCAGACCCCACUCAUCAAGCCAAAGUUAAAAAUGCUGUAAAGGUUAUUAGCCAAGCGAUUUCAGCAGAUGGAGAGAACAAAGCGGCAACUAUUCAGCACAGAAAAAGAUCCAGAGCUGAAAUUGUUCUAGCCCCUCCUGUGAGUAGUCCCGCAAAAGUUCCAGAGUACAAGAGUGAAGUGGAACACUUUAUUAACGAACCACAAGCACCAUUAAAGUCUGAAGUCACGAUUCCCAUCGCUGCUCCCACACCACCUAAGCCAAUAGCAAAACCUGUAUCAUCAACAAAGGAGCAUAUUAUCCCAAUUCAGUACGAGGAUGAAGUAUCUAAAACUCCCACCCCUCCGUCCUCCCUUAACAGUCUCUCCAAGCAAAGUACUUUUGACUCAGACAGUCAAAUAAGUGUGAGCAGUUCAGCAGAUCCGAUUAGGAAAUCAGCACGAGAAGUUAUCAUACCAAUUGCAGUGGAAGGUGGAGGCUAUGUAACACCAGCCUCUGAUGAUGUGUCCAGAAUAAGCUCUUUUGACGAAGCGGACGAAGAAAGACCUAGAUGCUUCACAUUGCACAGCACACGCCGAUGUCAACCGCAUGCAGAUAGGAUUGAAUCCACUGACAGCAUCAGUUCUGAUGAAGAUGAUGAUAACUUUGAAAUAUUAACUGCUGAAAAUCUGUUUUCAACAUUGCUUAAUAGAGUUCGUAGUUUGACACACAAAUUAAGCACUGAAGAUGGAACUCAUCAUGCUUUUCCCAGGUCCUUUUUCACUCAACAUCAUUUUGAUAAUUUUCCCAGUAGACGGCUAGUAGGAACCAGGUCUUUUACUAGGAAUGAUAGUGCUCCCUGGCGACGGAGACCCAUAUCCUCAACACCCUCAGUUGGUCUUGAAUCAUAUGCUACACGGAGACUAUCAAAAGAUGCAGAGGUGUCUGCAAAGUUUGACGAGAAACCUCCACCCUAUCAACCAAGGAGCAACCUCCCUGCAAGCAGAUCGAGUUACCCUCGCUCUCUGUCUAACUCAGUGAGCAGCUCAAAUGCUUUCAAUCAUCAGUACCCUCGGAAAUACAAAACAGAGGAACAAGAGAACAGUAGUGCAAACAGUGAUAACCCCAACAGUUUUCGGAAAGGUAUCCAUAGGCACUCAUUUCACGGAGAUUACAGUAAAUACAAUGGAAAUUUCAACUCUGAGAGUUUAAAGCUGGAUGAUCUUAACUUACCUAUUAUACCUGAAAUAGGAGUAAGCAAGCAAGACUCAGGAUCUAGUAGGUAUUCUUCACGGUGGUCAAGUAAAACGCCUGAUUCUAGUUCUAACCACUCUGACUCCAGACAUAACUCUGAAUUUAGGGAUGAUGAUAUUACUCCUGUAGCAUCACCAGACCCUCAAAGUGAGCAAUCAUCAAGUUCCUACUUAAGACCCAGAGUAUCUGGGAUUCCUACUUACCGACGAUCCAAUUCUGUCAACCGUGAAAGUGAUACAUGCCGGCAUUAUCAAAGGUCAUUUAGUGUUACGCCUGAAAGGAGCUUAAACCCCCGAUUUCUCUCCAAUAGACCUACUUCUCGAGCCUCAACUCCAGAGCCAUCACCGUUUCCAAGGUUGUCCAAGUUUUUGCCUCCUCCUUCGAACACUCGACAAACUCCUGGGAGGCAAACUCCAGACAGAAAAUUACCAGAAGAUGCAACACAGAAAGUUACACGGCACCGAAGAUACGGUGUCUCUUCUAGUGCUCCUCCUCACCUCCCUCCUACCAGUUCAGCUAGAAAGAGUCCUUGUUCAAAUUACUUCGGUUCCUCCAACCAUUGCUCUAAUUUUGAUAAAAAUGAAAAAUCGAGCAGUUCAAGCAGACAUAACUUGAAUAAUUUUGUUCGUUCGAACUCUUCCAAAAGCUAUGCUGAUUUAGAUGAGAAAGUUUCCAGUUGGCGUGGUUCGCAACGUUCGAUUUCCUCUAGUUCCUUCACUAAUUUUGGGUAUCCAUGUAAAGAAGAUAAGUCAAUAAAAUCCAGUUCGAGUACAUUUAGUUCAUUUUUGGCCUCUUCAGAUUCUUCCACUAGCUGCAUGAUAGCGGAGGGCUUAAAAAAAACCCUGGUAAAAACCAGCUCAGGUAAAAUAAACUCAGAAAAGUUAGAAACUUCAAACUCUACUAUUAGUGCUGCCAAUUCAAUGGAAUCUAAGUCUUUGUCCAAAUCCAAUUCAUUCAGGUUAAGGCCCCAAGGCUUGAGCAAUUCGAGCUCCGUCAUCAACUGUGCUACUUUUAAUAAUGAGAAUAGAUCUUUGCAAAAAAGUUUUUCCAUGAACAAGGUCCAUCGAAACCUUCUGAAGGGCUCCUCUGAUGUAGGAAUCAGUGUGGAAGGAAAUGAUAGCCGAAAAUCUUGCAAAGUAGGCCCCUACUGUAGGAGUUUCACCGCAACAAUGUGUGCACCCAUCAGUCCUAAUGCCGUGAAACAAAGAAGCUCUUUUACCUCUGAAAAUUGUUUACCAAAAGCUCCUCGAGAGAAAAAGGCUGAGAACUCUAUCAAGACUAAAAUAUCAGACUCUACAUUAUCUUCAGUCAAGGGUCUAAGAAAGAAGGAGAAGGAUAAAGCCCCUACGCCCAUUACAGCCAACAUCGAGUCAGAAAUAAAGGUUCUCCCAAAUCAGAAGUCAUCUGAGUAUAAACUUGCAAGCCCCUCUAAUAAGACUGAUGAUCUCUUUGAUAAUAUUGCCUCAGAAGAAUUCUCAGACUCAAAAAGUAUAGGCUCUCAACCUUGUGUUUCUGAAUUUUCAAAUCAACCUGAGCUGCCAGAAAGCAGAGGAAGAGAGCAUUCUGUCAGAGAUGAUUUCAGUCAACAGAGUGAAAUACCAGAGGGCAGCAUCACCAAUCAAAGUAGCUUCUCUGACUUUUCUGAUAGUUAUUUGUCGAGCCGAAGAACAUCAUUCACCUCAACUUUGAAUGACUCAACAGGAAUGAGGACAAGACUGGACAGUGAAAGAAGAAACGAAAUAGUAACAGCAACUAAAGAUGACCAUUUCAGCCAACAAGAGAGUCCCCCGAGUAGCGAUGCAGUUGAGACUAUCAGAGGCCUAUCCCAAACAAGUCGAACAGACCUUUUGACCAGAGGGAGAGAGGAUCAAUUGGUAUUAAAAACAGCUACUAGAACCACACGGAAGCCUCAAAGUGUGUAUGAUACUUUGAAAUCAAAGGUUGAAAUGUCGGCAGCUGAUAAUGGAUUAAACCUUACUGCGGAUGUUCAAACUUACUCUCAGGGAAAUACCAACGCUUUUCAAAGUGAAAAAAGUGAGAAAAAUUGUAUCAGUGAGCAUUCUCAGUUCUCUCAAAUCCGUCGGUUCAGUGAAAUUUUUCCAAGCAAUAAUAGUGUAUUGGGGCCAAGUGAAGAGGGUAGCAAGAAACGAACUCACCAUUUUCUUGAGAGUAAGAUCAACAAAAUGGGCAAGGCAGUUUUGAAUUAUGAAUUUCAUCGAAGAAUAAUGAGCCCUAGCUAUCAGGAAAAAGGAGGUGGUAAUUGGAUUCAAGACUCAAAUACCUCUAGGUUUUUGAAUCCAUAUUUAAGGAGGUCCCCUUCAAGACCACGUCAAGUUGAAGUGAAUAGUCAUGAAAACGGAAUAGCUACUCCUUCAGUUGAAUCUUCUUCUGCCACUUCAGUGAAAAAAUCUGCCUCUAGUUCUUCACUCAGAAGAGACUCAGUAGGGGCCUCCAAAAAUUCCAAAGAUUUAAAAGUAGGUUUGCCGAAAAUAAUGUACCACAGUGAAUUAUCAGGCUAUGAUGAGACAUCAUCAAUAAUAUCUCCCACCGAGGAUGGAAGUGACACUUGGUCAGCCAGCUCUGACUACACAGACGCUCUAGAGUUCCUACCUUCUAGUGGAAGGAGUCAUUCUUGUCCAUCUGGGGAAGAGUCUGUAAGCGAUAGGAUCAGGAGAAAAAGUUAUUACACCCGUUUCAACCCUCAUAUCAGCAGCCGCAGAUUUCUAACUUCUACACUGAAUUUUACCAACACUCUUCGACCUGGUUCUAGACUUCCAUCUUACUCAAGAUCAUUUUCGACAGACAUGACGCAGUCUUUGAAUAAAUUUUAAAGGAGGAGUCAAGGGCCUUCAAUAGCCCCACUUAGACCUGGCUAAAUGAUUGAUAAUUUGGAAGUACCAGCCCUGGACGGACAUCAUGCCAAAUAUUUAUGAGGGGCCGCAGUUGUGCCCCCUAUCCAAGUCUGCAAAUGAAAAACAAUUAUUUUGGCAACUGUCUCGACCAUAAUCACCCAUUCUAAGAAAGAAGCCUGAGAAAUUUUUUUUUGUCCAAUUCAUAUUUAAUCUACAGAAAGCUCAAGCUUUGCCGUUUGCAUUGAUUUUUACCAAUCAAACAGUACCAACAAUUUUUAUGAUUAUUUUUUUAUAUUCCUAAAUAAAUUCAAUGAGAUAGAA